CGGGAACCCACGUGUGGCGCUAGGGCGCAUCGUGAAAGCGCACGCUUAAUCCAGCGAUCCGUGGGAUUGGGCAGAGGGAGUGGAGGUUGGUUUUGGGGAAAAAACACGAUUGGUAGAGUUGAGAGUCAAAUGUAUUGUCUCAGAUAUUUGUGCAGCCACGUCCUCUCUUGCUAACCUCCAUCCUCAACGCGGAGCUGUCCAUUGGCACUGGUGCUGAAACGCGUAGGUUCUCAAUCCCUCACAGCGGUGCGAGACAGAGUGUCGAGAGUAAAACAUUUGGAUGAUUGUGUUGACUUUAUAUAUUUUUGAGAAGCUUUGGUGGAUAUCCAUUGAUUUACUCAGCUUUCAUCAAGAGCGCAUCAAACGUCCACGUUCUGACCCGGUCAGUUAACGGACUCUUAAGAGGCAGAAAUAUGGCUUUUAUGGUGAAACAAAUGGUGGGAGGGCAUGUGAAGAACCUGACUGGGGGUUUGACUGAGGAAAAGCCCGAAGGAGAGAAAUCCGAAGCCGCAGCGGCAGGAAUGACCCAGGAGGAAUUUGAACAAUAUCAACAACAGUUAGAGGAGGAAAAGCAGGAAAGAGAUGCUAGUUUUGCGCAGAAGAAAGCUGAGCGGGCAACAGUUAGAAGUCACUUCCGGGACAAAUACAGACUGCCAAAGAAUGAGCUGGAUGACACUCAGAUCCAGCAGGCGGGGGAUGACGUGGAGCUGCCCACAGAGCUAGCCAAGAUGAUCGCUGACGACAACAAGGAGGAGGCGUCCAAAACAUCUGUCCUGGGCCAGCUGACCAACAUCCAGAAUGUGGACAUGGACCAGCUGAAGGACAAGGCCCAGGCCACGCUGGAAGACCUCAAACAGUCUGCUGAGAAGUGCAAUCUCAUGUGAUCUGGCUGGCUGACUGAAUUCCUGCUCUCUCUCUAUCUCUCCCUCCCUUACUCUCUUUAUCUGUACAACAAAGAAUCUGUGUAAGAUAUGAUCUAUGACCAUGUACAAACGUUGAUAGUCAUGUUGCUUUGAAUACACACACAUACAGUCAACACCGCCUCACACACACAAACAUACUGCAGCAGCUUCUGGCCAAGGAAUCUGAGUAAACACUGUCUAAGCUGUUGGGGAAUCAGAGUAAACACUGUCUAAGCUGUUGGGGAAUCAGAGUAAACACUGUCUAAACUGUGGGGGAAUCAGAGUAAACACUGUCUAAGCUGUGGGGGAAUCAGAGUAAACACUGUCUAAACUGUUGGGGAAUCAGAGUAAACACUGUCUAAACUGUGGGGGAAUCAGAGUAAACACUGUCUAAGCUGUUGGGGAAUCAGAGUAAACACUGUCUAAGCUGUUGGGGAAUCAGAGUAAACACUGUCUAAGCUGUUGGGGAAUCAGAGUAAACACUGUCUAAGCUGUGGGGGAAUCAGAGUAAACACUGUCUAAGCUGUUGGGGAAUCAGAGUAAACACUGUCUAAGCUGUUGGGGAAUCAGAGUAAACACUGUUUAAGCUGUGGGGGAAUCAGAGUAAACACUGUCUAAGCUGUUGGGGAAUCAGAGUAAACACUGUCUAAGCUGUUGGGGAAUCAGAGUAAACACUGUCUAAACUGUUGGGGAAUCAGAGUAAACACUGUCUAAGCUGUGGGGGAAUCAGAGUAAACACUGUUUAAACUGUGGGGGAAUCAGAGUAAACACUGUCUAAGCUGUUGGGGAAUCAGAGUAAACACUGUCUAAGCUGCUGGGGAAUCAGAGUAAACACUGUCUAAGCUGUGGGGGAAUCAGAGUAAACACUGUCUAAACUGUUGGGGAAUCAGAGUAAACACUGUCUAAGCUGUUGGGGAAUCAGAGUAAACACUGUCUAAGCUGUGGGGGAAUCAGAGUAAACACUGUCUAAGCUGUUGGGGAAUCAGAGUAAACACUGUCUAAGCUGUUGGGGAAUCAGAGUAAACACUGUCUAAGCUGUGGGGGAAUCAGAGUAAACACUGUCUAAGCUGUGGGGGAAUCAGAGUAAACACUGUCUAAGCUGUUGGGGAAUCAGAGUAAACACUGUCUAAACUGUUGGGGAAUCAGAGUAAACACUGUCUAAGCUGUGGGGGAAUCAGAGUAAACACUGUCUAAACUGUGGGGGAAUCAGAGUAAACACUGUCUAAGCUGUUGGGGAAUCAGAGUAAACACUGUCUAAGCUGCUGGGGAAUCAGAGUAAACACUGUCUAAGCUGUGGGGGAAUCAGAGUAAACACUGUCUAAACUGUUGGGGAAUCAGAGUAAACACUGUCUAAACUGUGGGGGAAUCAGAGUAAACACUGUUUAAGCUGUGGGGGAAUCAGAGUAAACACUGUCUAAGCUGUGGGGGAAUCAGAGUAAACACUGUCUAAGCUGUGGGGGAAUCAGAGUAAACACUGUCUAAACUGUGGGGGAAUCAGAGUAAACACUGUCUGCUGUGGGUGAAUCAGAGUAUUAGUCUUAUGCCAAAGACCCUUCGCAGAAAAUCAUUUAGACAAUGGCACAAAGUAUAUCAACUAGUCAUAUUAAGUGUGAGACUAAAUCCAACUUUCUUGUCUUGGGACCACAUUCAGUACAUUACAAACCAAGUGUCUGUCGCAGGUGUAAAUGUAUUUGCGGUUAGCCUGUGCUGUUGUCCAUCUAGUCUAUGGUCAUUAACUCGUUGGGGCCUUGCUAAGAGACAGCUCGUCCUCUGUGAUGCCAACCCAUCUAACCUUUCAACUCUAGCCUUUAACCUGUCCUCAUAUUGACCCCUGACCUCUCCAUCUCAGUGUUGUUUUGUGCUGGUGGUUUGGUGUCAUUUAACUGCUAUGAUAUGUCAAAUGCUGUCUUUGAAAAUGUCAUCCUCUGGCUGAGUGCUGGUCAUAGUGUUUAAUAAGUACACAAUACUAUGAACAUAUAUGAACACAUAUAUGAACAUGUAGUACUUGGUAUUUGUCUGAUUUGUUGUUGUAUCACUAAAUAAAGACGCAGGUGAGAGCGGGAAAGGGGUUUGUCAACCUUAUUUGUAUUACAGUAAUAUACAGUAUAUAUUUCUUAAAUACAGUGGUUCGUGUCUUGUAAUAGUUGAACAGUCCUUUCGUGACAUUACAGUAAUUGCAUUUGAAGAAAGGAUGGUGGACAUGCCUUAGAAGCUUGUUUUAUGUGAUAGCUACUUUGUGCUUUCUUGUCAGUUCCAUGAAGCAAAACCAACAAGUGUGAAUAUAAUGAAUUCUUACUCAAGUCUUACAGUCUGAUCACCUAUACAUAUCUAUCUGUAUUAAAGUGUGUGACCUGCAAUGAUACUUUAAAGCCAACAGCAAGACUUUCUUUCAUUUCCAGUCACCCUAUGGGGGGAUUCAGGUUGAUCUCAUGAUGAUAUUUCAGGAAGAGACAUGUUCUUCAUUAUGUUUCUGUUUCCUGUCCACUCUUUGCUUCUUUUACAUCAUCUUUGUUGUUCAAUGCUGUAUGAAACGUAUUGAUUUUUGACUGACUGUUGAAACCAUAAUAAACAGAUUUUUAUGA